AUGAAGACUGCUUUAAUUUUGCUCAGCAUCUUGGGCAUGGCUUGUGCUUUCUCGAUGAAAAAUUUCCACCGAAGAAUCAAAGCGGAGGAUUCUGAAGAAAACAGGGUCUUUAAGUACCGGCCACUCUACUACGUUUAUAAGCAUGCCUACCUUUAUCCUUCUCUGAAACGGUUUCCAGUCCAGGGUGGCAGCGACUCUUCAGAAGAAAAUGGCGAUGGUGAUAGUUCGGAGGAGGAGGGGGAGGAAGAGGAGACCUCAAACGAAGAGGAAAACAACGAAGAAUCUGAGGGGAGUGAAGACCAGGAGGCAGAGGCAGAGAAUUCCACACUCUCAGGUGUAACAGCCAGCUAUGGAGCAGAGACCACAGCUGAAGCACAGACUUUCGAGUUAGCUGCACUCCAACUACCCAAGAAGGCUGGAGACGCAGAAAGCAGGGCUCCAAAAACGAAGGAAAGCGACGAGGAAGAGGAAGAGGAAGAAAAUGAGAAUGAAGAAGCAGAAGUGGAUGAAAACGAGCAGGUGGUCAACGGCACCAGCACCAACUCCACGGAGGUGUAUGGUGGAAACAGCAGCAGCGGAGGAGACAACGGAGAAGCAGAGGAGGCGAGCAUCACCGAAGCAGGCGCAGAAGGAACCACAGCGGGCAGGAAGCUGACCACUGUUGGCACCAAGACAGCUGACCUUCUGAACGGGUUUCAGCAGACGACCCCACCGCCCGAAGCCUAUGGGACCACCUCGCCACCAGUCAGAAGCAGCACCGCUGAGUACUGGGGAGAAUACGAACAAACCGGUAACGAGUACAACCGAGAGUAUGAAAUCUACGACAACGAGAACGGGGAGCCUCGCGGCGACACUUACCGUGCUUAUGAGGACGAGUACAGCUACUACAAGGGGCAUGGCUACGAAGGCUACGAGGGUCAGGAUUAUUACUACCGCCAGUGA